GUUCACUAUUUAUUUCCUUUCUUUUCCCGGUUGGACUGGCAAGGACCCUUAAAUGGUGAAGUUGGCACACGAUUCUUAGCUUCUCUGAGUGUUUGUCUGUCUGCCGAAUCCAAACCCUCCGAGGUUUCUUUACUGUAUUCCUUCUCGUGCGGUGCACCCUGCCUCCGAGCUCUUUCUACUGCCAUCGUGUCAAUUAACAUCGCAUGUUUCGAACGCGUUGUGCUGCAACUGAAAUCGAAAACCAGAGAAAGAGAAGGGAGGGAGCAUGGCUGAUAUCUUUGCGUGGCUCAUCUCCUUCUUUAUCCUUAUUGCCUUAAUUGUAAUCGUCAUUUACCAGUUAAUGUGCCUGGCAGACCUAGAAUUUGAUUAUAUAAAUCCAUAUGAUUCCUCAUCUCGAAUAAACAAAGUGGUAUUGCCUGAAUACAUUAUACUAGGUGUUUUAUGCAGCUUCUACCUCGUCACUGGGCAUUGGAUAAUGUCACUGUUCUGCGCUCCUUACCUCUACUACAACGUGAGACUAUAUAGACAAGGAAAACAUCUGGUUGAUGUGACAGAGAUAUUCAACUUGCUCUCUAAGGAAAAGAAGCAACGGCUUGUCAAACUCUUCUAUCUUGUUUUUAUCCUUUUCCUAUCCUUAUUUUGGAUGAUCUACACAUCUUUGGAAGAUCAGGAUGAUUGAUGUCUUGAUUUGUGGAGGCUUCUGGAGUCUCAAUGCAGCUUGAGGGCACUAAUUACGACUCAUAUAAGAUGGUGGCUUGUUUCAUUGUUGGACAUGGACCAAUUGGAUAUCUGGUUCUGUAUAACACACUUCAAAGCAGUUUUAUUUUUCUGUUCGAUUCAUGCUUGUUGUAGUAAAUUCAAAUUGCAAAAUCUUGCCUUAUAUAACCUUUGCCUGUACGCUUAAAUUUUUAAGUUAUUUAGAAACUCACAUUCAUUAGAUGACCAA